AUGGCACUGUCUUGUCCCUUGCUUCGGGUACUCGCUCUACUGCUUUGCUUGCAAGGCUUGGCAGCUGCUCUAGAGGAGGCGAGAUUCAAUUUUGUGCCGGGAUUAGACUCGAUGCUGACGCCUAAAUACACUCCUCAUCCAUCGGGAAUACCCUUUACGAUCCAGAAUUACGCAGCACAGCCAUGGCACGGACUCAACAACAUAACCCACCAGCCCAACCAACCAGCUGUGACUUGCGCCGGCUCAUCGACGCCGACCAAAUUUUGGUAUGAGGAGAUCGCGCAUAACGGGGAGUCAUCGUUCUUGAUCCCCGGGUACAAGGACAAGUACAAGGUUGUUCGCAACGUGGUGACCGACUAUGACGGUCCCUCUGGCGGCCCUGCGCGUGACGCCCACGCAAUGGGAACAACCGGUCAACCAGCUAUAGUUUACUUGCCCGGGGGAACUUACCUACUAAAUGCUGCACUUCAGCUUUACGUCGGAACUGUCAUAGUGGGAGACCCUACAGAUCCACCUAUUCUCAAAGCACAACCUGGGUUUUCCGGAGACCAUAUGAUAUAUGCAAAAGAUCCCAACUUUGGAGGAACGAUCAAUUUCUACAUCGGUAUCAAAAACAUUGUGCUCGAUUCAACCGGCCUGAAUGCAACCUUGUCCUUGACCCUUCUUGACUGGACCGUCAGUCAAGCUACCCAAUUGUCGAAUGUUGUGUUCAACAUGCCUCAAAGUCCAACCGCGCACGUGGGACUGACUACGCAAUACGAUUACAAUAGCAAUAUAAUCGUGAAUGACCUACGAUUCAAUGGAGGAAAUAUCGGGAUGAAACUUAGUGGGCAACAGUGGGUCUUUAAGAAUCUUGUUUUCACCGGGACAAAUACUGCCGUGGUUGCUGGAGGCACGGACAUUGUUUUUCUAGGGUGUCAAUUCAAUGGUGGCCAGACUGGAAUAGAUGCGACGGGCACAUCUGGAUCUUUGACAGUUAUCGAUUCUCGUGGUUCAGGCCUUACAACUUUUGUGGCAUCUGGGACCCCCGACGGAGCAGGGAACUCAAUCAUCUUGGAAAAUAUUCAAAACAGUGGAGCUACAGUGAGCCUUGGUGGAAAGGUGGUGCACAGUGGGAGUAUUCCAAACACCUGGGUCCGCGGAGAUAUCUACACGGCAGGAAACACAAAAAUGCAAAGAGUCAAUGGUCAAAUGGUCUCGACUGCAAGAUCCUCGGCGCUCCUGUCUGGCGGGAAAUAUUUUAUCAAAUCGCCGCCGACAUUUCAGGAGUACUCAGCGGACCAAGUCUUGAAUAUCAAAAACGUCCAGGGUAGGCCAGUUUACGGAGACGGAGCAACGGACGAUACGCAGAACAUCAACCAAAUCCUGGCGGAGAACGCUGACUGCAAAUUGAUAUAUUUCCCCGCCGGGACAUACAUGGUGACGGAUACGAUCUUUGUGCCCGCUGGGAGACGCAUUGUUGGUGACCCAUACGCUUCAGUUAUAAGCGGUGUUGGCAGCAAGUUCAAAGAUCCAGCGGCCGUUCGACCUAUGGUGAAAUUCGGAUACCCAGGAGAUGUUGGAGUGACGCAAGUUAGCGACAUGCUCUUCACAGUUGGGGAUAUUCUACCUGGAUGUAAAAUUGUUGAGAUAAACAUUGCCGGCUCAACGCCUGGUGAUGUCGGAUUCUGGAACACUCAUAUCCGCAUUGGCGGCGCAGUGGGAAGCAAGGUUGAGAGCCAGUGUACCAGUGGUCCAGAUCAAUGCAAAGCCGCCUGGGCUGCUGUACACCUCACCAGCACAUCCUCUGCUUACAUAGAAAACAUGUGGGGAUGGACAGCAGACCACGACCUCGACGGCACAAACAGCCAGACCAUAUCCACUGGUCGGGGCCUCCUCGUUGAGGCUACUGCGGCCACCUGGCUUGUUGGAACGGGGUUCGAGCAUCAUACGCUCUAUCAGUACAAUUUUGACGCUGCGCACAACGUCUUUUCAACAAUGCAACAGAGCGAAUCCCCAUAUUGGCAGGGACCGGGCAACAUGUUGGCUCCCUCCCCAUGGCAGGAUAACAUCGACCCUACCGACCCAGACUUCUCGCAAUGUGCCACAGAUGAUGCCCUGUGCCGGAUGGCGUUGUUUGAGAGGAUCAGUGCGUCCUCGAAUCUCUUCCUGUAUGGCGGCUGUAACUGGGUGUUCUUCAACAACAACAAGAACUGUAACACGACCAGUGGAAAAUGCCAAAAGAAUGCCAUCCAAGUUUUGGAUUCGUCCGCAAUUUAUCUAUAUGGAACAAACACAAAGAGUACAAUCAACAUGGUCCUCGACGGCAAUAAGGCGAUCGCGACGGAGAACGAAAAUGUCGGUGGCUGGGGCGGCGUUGUUGCGGCGUAUCUCUACAACUCGUGA